UUCCGCUCAGCAUGGCUCCGGUUCUGCUGCUGUGUCUGUUUACGCUGUCCGGCGCUUCUGCUGGUCGGUAUUUUAGCGCGGAUCAGCCGUGUUUCAGACCCCUACAGCGGAGGAACCAGUUGGGAGUGAAGUCGGUUCCGCGGCCUCAUGAGUAUCUGAACGUCGCAGAUCUACCCAAAGCCUGGGACUGGAGGAACAUCAACGGCACCAACUAUGUCAGCACCACACGCAAUCAGCACAUCCCUCAGUACUGCGGGUCCUGCUGGGCUCAUGGCAGCACGAGCGCCCUCGCAGACCGAAUCAACAUCAAGCGGAAGGGGGCGUGGCCAUCCGCAUAUCUGUCCGUCCAGAAUGUUAUUGACUGUGGAAAUGCUGGUUCCUGUAACGGGGGAGAUCACUCGGGCGUGUGGCAGUACGCCAACACCAACGGCAUCCCUGACGAAACCUGCAACAACUACCAGGCCAAAGACCAGGACUGUAAACCGUUUAAUCAGUGUGGAACCUGCACUACGUUCGGUCAGUGUAACAUUGUGAAGAACUACACUGUGUGGAAGGUGGGAGAUUAUGGUUCUGUCAGUGGUCUGGAGAAGAUGAAGGCUGAGAUCUACGCUAGAGGACCCAUCAGUUGUGGAAUCAUGGCGACUCCUAAGCUGGAUGCGUACGUGGGAGGUUUGUACUCUGAGUACAUGGACUAUCCCAGCAUCAACCAUAUCGUGUCUGUGGCCGGCUGGGGCGUCGAUGAGAACGGAGUGGAGUUCUGGGUCGUGCGGAACUCCUGGGGAGAACCAUGGGGUGAGCACGGCUGGCUGAGGAUCGUCACCAGCGCGUAUAAAGGUGGCAGCGGGAGCCACUAUAAUCUGGCUGUGGAGGAGGACUGCAUGUAUGGGGAUCCUAUCGUCCCGGAGACCUACAUCUAGAAGCUCAAUCAGACUCUGCUUGUUCGAGUCUAAAUUCAGCCGCUGAGCUCAGUCAAUACUACUUUACAUGUUCAGGGAAAGUCACAGCAACGGCUGCUGCAGCAAAAACCAAAGAUUGAUCCACAGGGUCUGUUUUUGAUGUUGGUGCCACUUUAAUCUGAAUCAGAACCACUGAUGUUUCUGUUCUUCGCUUCUGAAUUCAGCUCUUCACGACUGCUUUAAAAUGUAUUUGCUCUUUAAAAUCAAACUGAAUUCCUGCUGAUGUGCCAGUAGAUUAAUUUUCCUCGUAUUGUCUUAAUCAGCCGCUUGGUUGUUUAGUGCAGUUCUGAACUGAAAAGGGAUCCGAAUGUAAACAAACAGAGCUGCAGUGAAACUCUGCGCCGCCUGUUCACUGCCACGUUUCUUCUUGUUCUGCGUGUCUUAAAUAAAAGCUUUGGGUGUUUUUAAAUCUG